CCUCUGUCCUCCAGGUCUGGUGUCCAGCAGCAAGUCCAGCCUGUCCCACCUGCUCAGCUGUCGUGAAGGAGGAAACGUGGCGGUCAUCGCCGUGGGCGGAGCUCCAGAAGCUCUGGACGCUCGGCCCGGAGCGCUGACUCUGCAGGUGAAGAACAGGAAGGGCUUCAUCAAGAUGGCUCUGAAACACGGAGCUCAGCUGGUUCCUGUCUUUUCGUUUGGAGAAAACGAAUUAUUUGACCAGAUGGAAAACCCAACUGGAUCUCCUUUGAGGAGGCUGCAGAACCGGCUGCAAAGCAUUAUGGGAAUAGCGAUGCCUCUGUUCCACGCCAGAGGAGUUUUCCAGUACAGCUUCGGCCUGAUUCCCUACAGGAAGCCCGUUCACACCGUGGUGACCCGUCCAGGUGACCCCGACCUCCAGGUGACCCCGACCUCCAGGUGACCCCACGUCCAGGUGACCCUAACCCUAUUUGUCAUAGAUUUUGGUUGGUCA